UCAAAGGCCCCCCACCGACCUGUUACUAGUAAAGCUUGUAAACAAAACUCACACAAAAAACAGCAGUUCGCAAUACUUAUUUUUAACGCUGACUUCAUUGUGGAAGUGACGCAAUGGAAUUGCCAUUGAAAACUCCAUAGCUAGGGAGUAGGGUGAAAUAUAUCACUUAGAAACCAAAGCUGGGAGGACAGCUAAGGCAAACGGUUGAAAAUGCUUCCUGAUCAACCCAACCAAACGUAUGCUGCCACAAAAUGUAAUGACUCGUGUCAGUCUGGAGCUGGAAAUUCAAAAGAAAUUGUGCAUUCAGCAGAAAGCUCUCUCAGCGUGUGUUCUUUCAACGAACGUCAUGUUGAUAAGCACGUCUGGGACUCCAUGCCACCGGAACUGAAAGUAGCGUAUAUAGAUGUUUUAAUUCUGUACCACGAAAAUGAUCAACAGAAUGCUGCAGAAUUCAGAGACCACCUUGUCAAUGAUAUUCAGCUGAAACAUAGGGAAAAGGUUCGUGCUCUUUUGUACGAUGAAGGUGAACUAAUUGCUUUAAAUAACAGAAAAAUUGGGCAACUGAGUGAUGCAAUGAACAGAAGCACAUACGUUUUCAUCUACCUUACAAAAGAAUUCGUAAAGGAUAAGUGGAUGGAGUUUACCAGCGAAGUUUUUUUAAUGGAAGCCAUUGAAAAUCCUGACAAGCAGUGGUGCGUUGUUCCAGUCUUCACUGAAAAACGCAAUGGAACAUUUAAAAUCCCUACAGGACUCAACAUACUUAACGGAUUGAAUUAUUACAAUAAGGAUCAGUACUAUUUAAAACAAGUAACAUGUUUGAUUGAGUCACGGAUUCAAAGCAGAAAGAAAGCCGAUGUUAAGUUAAUAAACAUGCAGAAAGUAUGGAUAUCAAACCAAGAAAAAACCACAUCUGCAUCGUAUUCCGAAACAAAUAAUGAAUUGUCAGAUUUCAAAUCCAGCAAACCAUGUAAGACUCAAGACAAAAUGUGCUAUAGUAACGAAGACCUCACCCUUCUGACCGACACUCCUCCAAAUGUUAAUGAAUGCUUUGGUAAGAACGAACCUGAAACUGAAUGGACUGAACAUAAUAAUUCGGAACUCCGUGUUUCCACAAUAAGCACUUUACAUUGUGACAUGGCAAUGUCUUCACCAAUGCCAAAGAGGUCGGAUUCGACAAAUCUUCCAACAAUUUGUGAUAAGCAAAGCUAUGGGCGCAGUACUGCUGAGCAGAAGCGAACAAAUGCAGAUGCAUAUCAUCUCGAGGCAGGAAACAUGAAUGACUUUACUGAUGAAGUUCGUCCACACAGCCCUCCAAGUCGGUAUUCCGAUCAAGCAGCUGAACAUUUUGAGCCACACUCUAAAUCCGAAUUUAAGGACCAGCGAAAUAAAGGCAAGAAAAGGGAAACGAUGAAGACUGAUGACAGUUUGUAUCAGCCACUUACCAUGAUAUCGUUUGAUGAAAGCGGAAGAUCGAUCUCCGUUUGUUUAGGGACAGCAAAUGGUGGAGAAAAUCAAACACAAAGCCUUAUAGUGAACACACUUGGACAUGAACAGUCCCGAUCAGUUGGAGGUCAGUAUUGCGGUCAAACUUAUACAAAUGAUGCAGCGCGGGAAGCGGCGUUAAUACCACAGUUUGAAACACUAUUGCACUCCGGUGAUAUUGGCUCGUAUUCGGGUUCAGGAAAUCAAUCAAAACCCUGUCCAGAUAACAUCGCUGAAAACGUGCUACCACAAACAACUGAUGUCAAUCAGAACGAAUACUUGAACAUACAAGGUGCACUACCAUUACUAAGCGACUUUGAAAUUGGACCUGAAUUACAUAAUACAGAAAAUGAAAGACACCCACGCAGACAUGAACCAAUUUAUUGCGUACAUGAAUCUGAGAAAAUCAACAGACAGGCAGCAGAAGGAUCGUCACCUAUUGUCCACUAUCAUAAAACUGUCAUCAACAUACACAGAGCAACAAACAUUCAAAUCGGAGAUCAGAAUAUGAUACUAGAAGCUAAUGAUAGUGACGAUGAAUGUAACAGCAAUUACAAAGAAUCACAGACACAUGAAGUCACUGAAGAAGAAAUGCAUCAAAGUGAUAAUCGAAACGGCGAACUCCUAAGUAAAAGGGAAUUAGAGGUUGGACUAGACAAAAUCCAUGACGCUGAUGACGACCAUAUGAAUUCCUCUUUAAAAUCAGUCCCGGCUUCGGAUGCACAACUCUUUACGGACAACGUAUGUAAGGAUGAAGCUGAUGCUAACAGAGCAGUGAGAGAUAGCAGUUUUAUUGAUACUUCAGUGAAAGAAGAUUGUAACCUACAAACAGAAGAUACAACACAGAAUUGUGAGGAUGGAGCAAGCGAACAAAGUGAACACUUGCGCAGAUUUGCCAUUCGAGCAGAGCAUGUGAAUCCGAGCAGUAAAAAGCAUUUUGAAACGAUAACACCAGUGCAAGACCAAAGCUACGUAUGCGACACCGGAAACUUGAAUAGUGUCGUUGCUCUUGAAAAUAUCGACUAUGGUAAACGUCUAAGAAAGUUUGGAAUGCUAGUUUGUGUCAUCGUGCUUACUGCUGGUAGCAUACUUUUAUAGAAUAAGGUUGCCAACGUGCCGGCUAUUUGGAAUGCAAAUAAUGUCAAACAACAAAUACAAUUAAAUGAGUGGAUUGUCACUGACAUUAGACUGUGUUAUACAUAAGACUGUAUCAUUCUCCUAGCAGAGUUGUCGUUCGUGCCUCAACAAACACGUAAUGUAAUGAACCGGAGUGUAAGAGAGCGAGACUGUAUUUGGUAUUCUUGUUUUCGUGAAGAUGAAAAGUUAAGUGUUAGCUUUAAUAUGACAAAAGCACAAUUAUGGUAAAUCCCUUAAAGACAUGAACAUAACUAAUCCGUGGUAUUCAUAUUGUCAUAUACUCGUUUUUUUUCUAAAUAUUAUUACUUCACUUA